CGGAAGGACAGUUGGGUGUGUGAGAGAUGUGGCAUGUGCUGAGCCGGUCGGUGCCACUACUGCAGGCAGCCAAGGGUAGGUGAGUGGCACAUUGCGCUGCCGCUAAGUUACGCACAGCCGCGUAUCACAAUACAGCGCAGCCUGGGAGCGCUCACUGCCGCAUUUUUCUGUAUAGGAGAUGUGGGAUCUGUCUGGGGGAUUGAUUGCUAAUGCCUGAACAAAUGCUUUGUCUUCCUUCUGGGAAAUCCUUCUCUGUCCGUUAUCCUGGGACUUAUUAACUCUUCACAGGGGGAAGGAGUUCUCUGGUGUUGCUGGAUCAGAGGAAACAGAACUAUUUAAAACUGAAUGAGGCCACAUUUUGCCAUUUGCUGAACAAAUUCUCUACUUUGCUUGCAACAAAAAUGGGAAUCAGUUCUACAAAAGAGGUAUCUGAGACAGAAGCCACUGAUAUAAUAAAGAACACAAUUGCAGAAAACUGUGUAGUGAUAUUCUCAAAAACCACCUGUCCUUACUGUGUAAUGGCAAAAGAGGCCUUCAAAAAUAUAGAUGUGCAGUACACGGCAGUUGAACUGGAUGAACUAGAGAAUGGAAGACAGAUGCAAGUGGCACUUCAGCAACUAAGUGGAAUUAGGACUGUCCCCCAGGUGUAUGUUAAUGGCAAAUGUAUUGGAGGUGGCACUGACACACGUAAUCUUGAAAGGGAGGGCAAGUUACUGAAAUUGGUUCAAGAGUGUAAUCUCAGUGCUGCAACAUAGUGAACUAGAACAGCUUCAAGAUCUACAUCAGCUCAGGAGAACUGGAUGUACUGAAUCAACAACAUGUGCCUGUAUGGUUGAUUUAAUGGGCACCCACUGCCAAAAAUGAGCCAAAUAAAAGCAACUGAUAUAUACUUCUACAAAAAAAAAAAGGACAGUUAAAAUCAUUGAUAAAUGCCAAUUUGUUAGGCACCCUGACUAUACUUGCUAACCUAUUACUCUGGGCCACAGCUCCUCCUUAAAUAAUUCAACAGCCUGAAAAACAUUUCCACCAUUGUCAUUAUACCCAGGUAUCCUCGGCACUGCUUCUAGUUGGGCAUAGGCACGGUACAGAAGUCCAUGUGCCACCCAAGUGGGAACAGGGCAUACCUGUGAGCAUACCAGGGAGCACUGAAUCUCUGCCCAGGUAAAGUUGGUGAUUUUAUUCACCGUGGAGUCAGGGGUGACUAACAUAUUGGCAACCCCAGUGAUUUUGUCCUUUUUUUAAUAGUAAAAACGUAACUAUAAAAGUCCGGUUUAAAAUUAACAUUACCUUGCUCUGUCAAAAUUCCCAUUUUUCUUGUCCCAAUGAUCUUGCCAUCCCUGUUUCAGUAGUUGGCUCAUCCACACUUCCUUUCAGCCAGUCACCUUUAAUUCCCAGAAUCCCUUUCUAUUCUUGGCACCUGAGCUUCUUUUUCAAAGUUACCAAAAAAGAAGCUAAAGCUAUCAAUGACUUGUAACUAAUAUUAUUUAUUCAACAGUUAGAAAAUGUUUUUCAAUGUAUGGAUAUUUUUAAAUUUAAUUAAAAUGUGUUCCAAUA